AUGGGUAUCCCCUUCAUCGCCUUGGAGGGAGACGGGGACGAUGCCAGGUUCCGUGUGACUGAAGAAGCUAAGGAGUUCCUCUCCACUCUCAGAGCUCCUGUCGCACUGGCCUCCAUCGUUGGCAGGUACCGCACGGGGAAGAGCCUUCUGGUCAAUCGCAUGCUGCUGGAUGUCAAAGGAAAAGGAUUUCAGGUGGGCGCGACAGUCAACUCAUGCACCAAAGGCUUGUGGCUCUGGAACAAACCGCUCAUGACGAAGCUGGCGGAUGGCAGUGAAGUAAAGCUGCUCAUAAUCGAUACCGAAGGCAUCGGAUCUCUUGACGCCGAUGCCGACCAUGAUGCGAAGAUCUUUGCGCUCGCCCUGUUGCUGUCUUCCUACUUCAUCUACAACUCCGUCGGAUCCAUCGACGAGUCUGCGCUCAACAACCUCUCGCUCGUUGUCGAGCUGACGAAGCACAUCAGAACCAAGUCGGACCGAGAAGCCGGCGGUGAGCCUGAGACCGGCGCGGAGUUUGCCAACUUCUUCCCGCACUUCCUGUGGGUGGUACGUGACUUCACGCUCUUGCUGGUGGACGAGAACGGCAACCCCUUCUCCCCUAAGCAGUACCUUGAACGCGCCCUGACUCCGGUGCAAGGAUUCUCGGAGGGGGUCGAAGUGAAGAACCGCAUUCGUCGUAUGCUGCUUGCCUUCUUCCCGAACCGAGACUGCGUGACGUUGAAGAGACCCGUCGAGGACGAGAGCAAGCUGCAGCAGCUCGACCAGGCCGAGUGGUCUGACUUCCGUCCUGAGUUUGUCGAGCAGGUCAAGCUUCUCCGAAGGAAGAUUUAUUCUUCUGCUCCUGCCAAGACCCUCAACGGCAAGAUGCUUGACGGCUUCAUGCUGAGCCACCUGGCCGAGACGUACGCGACUGCCAUCAACACUGGCACUUCGCUGAACAUCGGAGACGCGUGGACGCAAGUUAGCAAGUCGAAGAACGUCAAGGCCGUUGAUGACGCCCGCAAGCUGUACGAGGCCUCUGCUGCCGAGCUUGAGGGGAAGAUGCCGUACUCGGGUGAAGAGCUUCAGGCGCAUCACAAGGAACUCUCCAAGGCUGCCGACAAGUUCUUUCGUGAGCACUGCAUCGGCCAUGGCGCCGAGCUGGACCCGUACAUCACCUCGCUCACUGAUGCUCUGCACGACUCGUUCCUGACCCUUCAGAGCAAGAACGAGAGCGUUGCCCGUCAAGUGGCAGAAGACUCGAUCAAAGAAGCCUACGCGGGGCUUGCGAGCAUGGUUGAAGCCAAGUCUUUUGUCUCCUUCCAGGAGUACGAGAAGGAGAGGCUGAAGAUCAGAAGUGAAUACAUGGAAAAGACCCCUGACACCCCGGCAAAGCUCGAAGUCUUGCUGGCAUUCAUGGAGUAUCAGAUUCCUGUGGCCGCAGGUUUGAUUGCUCAGCACUCCACCACUCAGUUCGAGAAGACCAUCUCCGAGAAGGUGAAGAGCCUCCUAAACUCUCGUGCCCCCAGCUUGCCUUGA